AUGCUGGUGCUCCCUCCUGGCGGCCCCCGCGGCCACGGCCUCCGGCAUCAAGUUCAAAGGCUUCGGCGGGGGCGGCCCAAAAAGGGCCCGGGGGCGGCGGCUACGGCGGAGGCAGGACCGGUCUACCUGAUUCCCGUCCAGAUCCCGCUCUAUCAGCCUACGGCGGACACGGCGUCGGCGGCAGUUACGGGGGAGGCGGGCACGGAGGCGGAUUUGGCGGUGGAGGAUUCGGAGGCGGUGGAUAUGGAGGAGGCGGAUUUGGCGGGGGGCACGGAGGCGGAUUUUGGGGGUGGGCACGGAGGCGGAUUUGGCGGAGGAGGCUUCGGAGGAGGUGGCUUAGGAGGAGGAGGCUAUGGCGGAGGUGGAUUCGGCGGCGGCCAUGGAGGAGGAAUCGGAGGAGGUGGAUCGGAGGCGGUCACGGAGGUGGAUUUUGGUGGCGGCCAUGGAGGAGGCGGAUUCGGAGGAGGAGGAUAUGGAGGAGGGGCCAUGGAGGUGGGUUUGGAGGUGGGACACGGAGGCGGCGGUGUAAUUUUUAUAAGGGGGUGGGAAUCGGAGGCGGCCAUGGAGGAGGAAGGAGGAGGUGGCUAUGGAGGAGGUGGGGACACGGAGGUGGCGGUGGAUUCGUAG